GAAUUUUCACCUCCGACUUCCUCACCUCCACACAAUCUCUAUCUUCAACCAUACAUCUAACAUCCCCAAAACAAAGCAAACCCACCACAACCCAGCCCAAACAGAACCAACACUUAAAACAAAAAAACAAUGGAAGAGGGCCCAGAAACCACCCUCCAAAGACUCACCACCCAACUAACGACCACCCCGCAAGCCUUCCCAACAUGCUGCCUCUCACUCUCCACACCCCUCCUCGAAACCUUGGCAACCCUUCUCCCCAAGAAACCAAACUACACUCUCUCAAUCGGCAGCGGCAGCGGCCUCCUCGAAGCCCUCCUAACCCACAACUACCCAACCCUCCAAAUCGAAGGCGUCGACGUAAACCCCACCGUAAACCGCUACAUCGCCGAACACGACAUGCACGUUGUCACGGGCACCUGGGAUCUCCUGUCCUGGCGCGUGCCCGGCGCAAAGGCGUGGAUGUUUGUCUAUCCGCGGGAGCCGAAGUUGGUGGAGAGGUAUAUUGAGACGUUUGGGGAGGGGGGUGUGGUGGAGGUGAUUUUGUGGUUGGGGCCUAGGGCGGAUUGGGGGGAUUAUGUGGGGUGUUUUGAGGGAAGGGGGUUUGGGGUAGAGAGGGUUGUUGGUGUUGAGGCGGGGUUGGAGGGGUUUGAGAUGUUGGCGAUUGUUAGACGGGUUAGUUCUUCUGGUUAGGUUUGUUUCUUUUAUUGGGGGGUUCUUUUUCUUUUUCUCUUUGAUUAUGUGUGUGUGGGGUGGGGGUUGUUGUUUGAAUGUUUCUUUGGU